AUGUCAAGCUCGAAUUCAUCCAUGCUCAUCAUCGGCGGAGGAGCCUUUGGCAGCUCCGCCGCCUACCACUUCGCCUGCCGUGGCUAUGAAUCGGUCCACGUCCUCGACCGCUUUGUUGCGCCAUCCCACGACGCUGCUUCGACGGACCUCAACAAGGUCGUCCGCGCUGACUACCCCGAUGCUAUCUAUGGCCGUCUCGCUCUCGAGGCCAUGGAGGUGUGGCAGUCCAAAACGUCAUUCUUGAAAGGCCUGUACCGAAAGUCUGGCUGGAUUCGCUCGGCAUCGCCGAAAGACACCGCCUGGCUCAAGGCAGCUUACGAGAUGGGCAAGAGGCUGGGCUUCACGGGCUCUAGGUGGAUGACUGGAGAGCAGAUCCGAUCGACAUGGUCAGAGAUCUCCGGCCAACUGGGAGACUGGGAGAAUCUUUGGAAUCCUGAGGCCGGAUGGGUUCCAUCAGCCCAGGCUCUUGUAUGCAUGACAGAAGCAGCACGCAAAGAAGGCGUCCAGUUUACAAGUGGACUGGACGGAGACGUUGAAAAGCUCCUUUACGAUGACAAGCAACAGUGCGUCGGCGCCCUCAGCCGUAGUGGCAAGGCGCACUUCGCUGACAUGGUCAUUGUAUCAACGGGGGCGUGUCUUCCCGAGCUUCUCGAUGCCAGCAAGGAGUCGGUUGCGCUCGCGGGCUGCGUGGGCGUCCUCAAAUUGACGCCAGCUGAAGCGGACAAGUACAAGAACAUGCCUAUUGUUGAUGAGGCUGUUGGGGACGAGAACGGCAUGAUGAAGGUUGUCUCCAACCGAGGUAUCACCAACUACGCAUAUUCUUCAGUCAAAGGGGCAUCAGUAACACACGGUUUCAAUGAUCAUCCCCAUGAUGGCAUGUCCGUGGAGAUGGAGAAGCAGGUUCGGGACUUUCUUCGUGAAGUCCUUCCUGAGCUUGGUGACAGAGAGUUCUUCACCACUCGCAUGUGUUGGGACUCUGCCACCAAGGACUACCACUACCGUAUCUGCCCGUACCCCGCUGCGAAGAACCUCUACAUCGCGACCUGCGGCGCGACGCACGGAUUCAAGAUGAUGCCAAUCAUUGGCAAGUACGUCGUGGAUAUGGUGGAGGGCAAGCUGCCUGAGCACCUGGCGAAAGCCUGGAGCUGGAAGAAUGGAAAGGGCCCAGAGACCGAGAUGCUGUAUCCCCAUCCCCAGGACCACGAUGACCUGGGAGACCUGAACGGUUGGAAGAACAGAAACCAAAAGUUGUCGCCGCCGUCUCGUGCCCUUCGCGCCAAUCUGUAG